AUGACUCCAUCAGCAGCAGCGGGCUCGACCUGCUCUUCGUCGUCCAAGAGCAACCCGUUGCCUCACCCCACGAUGACGAGCAGUAGUACCGGUAGCAACGCCGGCACCUCUUCAAACAUCACUGCUACAUCCCUCGUCGAAGCCCUUCUCUCGUUUGGUGCUCAGGACGAGGUCGACCAAACUCGGACUCAACUUGGUUCGCAGCCUGACCACGAUCAGGAGCACGACCACAACCAAGACCAAGACCGUGACGAACUCAGUGUCGUCGGUUCAUCCUCGACUAGCUCCGCCAAAGAAGAACCAAAGCAAACGCCCAGCGACCUGUCCACCUCUUUACAACAACUAAAACUCGCUUCCACCUCCACCGCCGCCUCUCCCUCAACGGCAACCCCUAAAUCAAUUCGCAACCUCCUGCACUCCUCCUUGCACACCGUGCACACCUCGGACCCCUCCACAACGCACCACAUCACCUCAUGGAAGAUGGCCGACUAUGCUUACAAGCGUGACCCCUGUCCGUUCCCGACUCGCGCCAGGGGACUCUUUACUGAAAACGUGGACCCGAAUGGUACGAGUCGAGCAGGGGAACAGUAUCGUAUCGUUGCGAGGGGUUACGACAAAUUUUUCAACGUCGGAGAAGUCUCUUGGACAGAGGUGCGUGGCUUUGGGGUGUGGUCUCCGAGGCAUUGCAAAAGGUAGGCCUAAGCGACUUGGCCGAAUUCUCUUCCCCUUUCACAGUGGACCAACAUCCCCAAACAAUCGACCGCACCCUACGAACUGACCCUCAAAUCCAACGGAUGCAUCAUUUUCAUCGCCGCCCUAACCCCUCGCCAUAUCCUCGUCACCUCCAAACAUUCGAUCGGACCUUUACCCGCCUUCAACUCGACCAAUGCAGAGGGGCGAGACGAAGAAGAGGAACGGAUCUCUCAUUCCCAGAGGGGUGAAUACUGGUUGAAGCGCCACUUGGAAAAAGUGGGAAAGACGCAGGAGAUGUUGGCGCAAGAACUGUGGUCGCAUAACCUCACCGCCGUAGCAGAGGUAAGAAUCGAAAAAGAGACGCGUUGCUCUGCCAUUAGAAGCUCACCCCUUCUUUCUAAACCCCCACCCGCCACCCGCAGCUCUGCGACGACUCGUUCGAAGAACACGUCCUCGCCUACCCAACCCAUCUCACCGGACUUCACCUCCACGGCCUGAAUCUGAACGAACCGAUCCUACAAACGCUCCCUUCCUCCUACGUGACCCUCUUUGCCCAAAAAUGGGGUUUCAUCCCCACACCUUACACCCUCUUCCCCUCCGUGAUGGCCGUACAAACCUAUUGCCAAACCGUGCAAUCCCUAGGCGGGAUCGAACAACCCAACGGCAAGAUCGUCCCCGUAGAAGGCUUCGUUAUACGUGGCGUUCAAAGAGGGGGUGUUUCAAGAAUGGUGGAAUUUAUGGAUGAGGAUGGGGUAAAGAGGUUGGAGAAGGCGAACGAAGCGUUCUUUUGGAAGGUCAAGUAUGAUGAACCUUAUUUAAUGUAUAGGGAGUGGAGGGAAUUGACGAGGAAGUUGUUGAUGAUGUAUGAGAAGGAACGGGAGGCGAGAUCGACUGUCGUGGGAGCUGGAGCUGGAGCUGGGAGGAAGGGGAGGGAGGAUCCGAUCGUGUUGGACAACGUCAACCUCAACAAGGUCAAGAAUGAACAAACCAAACUUUACCUCUGGUGGAUUAAGAGGGAGAUUGAGAAGGAUUAUACAAAGUUCGAGUCGUGGAAGAAGGGAAGGGGGAUCAUCAAGACGAGGGAGGAGUUUUUGAAAUGGAGGAAUGGGGAUGAGGCCAAGGUGGUGGUCAAGUCGUUGGCGAAGGGGAAAAAUAGGAUGGGGUUGUUGGGCAAGGAGGAGGAGGAAGUCGAUGAGGAAGAGGCGAGGAGGGAGUACGAUCGUUGGUUGAUCGCGCCUGUUGCCGUGCAGGGGUGUGGUUAGUCCAGACCGGUGCCUACGUGUCUUGAGGUUCUGUCUGAUCCAGCUUCUCGGUGAACAGGCAAAACUGCGCUCGGACUCGCACUUUCGGACCUCUUCGGCUUCGCGCAUAUCCAAUCCGACGACUUCCACAUGAAGAAAUCAGGCCCCCAUUUCCUCAAAGCCGUCAAGGCCGCCCUCCAAGCCGACCAAGUCGUUUACGCCGACAAGUAAGCUCACAGCGUCGCUUAUCCCACCAAACAAACUGCUCAGAGCUAAUGUUUCUCCUACACCCCUCAGGAACAACCACCAAAUUAAACUACGCUCCGACCUCUCGUCCCUGGCCCUCUCCCUCUCCCCCUCACACAAAGUGCAAACCAUCGCGCUCCUCUACUCCAUAGAUUCCCCCACUCUACAGCGCGACAAACUGCACGCGCUGUGUUCUUCCCGUAUAGUGGAACGAGGCGAUCGUCACCAAACCCUUCGAGCGGGCUUAUUGCACGAAGCCGCGAUUUGGCAAUUCCUUGGUCAAUGGGAGGCGUUUGACCCGGUUUUGAACCCUGGCGAUGGCGCGUUCGAUGUGGUGGUUCAGAUGAAGGCUGAGUGGGGGAGGGAGGAGGCGAUCAGGGAGGUCGUCAAGGCUUUGAAAAGGGUUGGGGUACCGGGGUGUAAGGAACUUGCGGGGGAAGGGGAGGUGGACGAGGGGAAGUUGAAGAAGGCCGUGGAGAGGGGGAUGACUUGGGAACCCAAGAUCAAGAAGGCCGUGGAUGAGGUCAAGGUCAAGAAGGAGAAGAUCGCGGUGCGUAAAACGAAGGAAGCAAAUUUGCCUCCGAGGUAUUUCGGGGUCGCGUUUAAAGUUGAGUUGGAAGGGUUGGUGGAGAAGGCCUUUGAAGGGCGGGAGGUGGAGGUGUGGACCGAGUUGAAGAGGGUCAAAAGGGUCGAGCUGAACCCUCAUAUCACGCUGGUGCAUGAGAAGGAGGUCCAACUUGUCGAAGGAGGGAAUCCGGAGAUGACGGCGGAGAAGAAGAAACAUUGGGAACGAUUUGCGAAUCAUCUCAAAGGCAAGGAAGAGGACGACGAGGCCUUGAAAGUCAAGGUCGUUUUGGGACCCAAGAUCGUUUGGGAUUCGAGGGUGUUGUCGGUGCAGGUCUCGUCAAUCGUUCCUUCGUCCACCGAGGCUAAGGAUGGGUCGGUGUUGGAUUUGGACGGAUGUUUAGGCAAGGAUCCAGUGGCGCAUCUUACGGUAGGGACGAUCAGGAGUGAUGUGAGACCUGUGGAGGGGAAGUGGAUCUUGGACGGGUGGAUCGAAGGGGAGAAACAGACAAAGGAAGGUGGGGACAUUAAUUUUAUAGAGAUUGAACCUGUUGAGUGUGAAGGAACGUUGGCGGGGUUGAGGUGA